GCAACCCAACAUCCGUCAGCUACACAGGCUCUUCGUGGCCUGCCCACGAAGUAUAGCAUCCCCGCGAGAAUGUGGAAGCACGGCAUACACAAAUUUUUAGAAGUGCUUAGACAUCGUCGUCCACACUCACAGGACUACAUGGUAGCAUUCAUCUAUCUGGCGUAUCAGAUGAUGGCUCUGCUACUUGAGACGGUGCCGACAUUCACUGAUACCUGGAUAGAAUGUUUGGGAGACCUUGCACGCUAUCGUAUGGCCAUUGAGGAAGAAAAGGAAGUUCAUGCCACGUGGGGGGGUGUGGCCGCUCGCUGGUACACCAUGGCGUCCGACCUCCAUCCUGCUAUUGGCAGGCUCUACCACCAUUUAGGCAUACUUGAGCGACCCAGCUUGCGAAAGUUUUGUCUUUAUGCCAAGUCACUGAGCUGUGUGAUACCGUUUCCUAAUGCGCGAGACUCACUUUCGACAUUGUGCGGUCCCAUCGUACAAGACGAAAACACGAUUCAAAGCAGCAGUCAUUCCGUCGAAGCCCGAAUCGUGACCUACCAUGCUUUGGUCUAUUCCAAAGCCGAACAGAAAUUGAUCGACACUGUUGGAAAUGAUGCCCUCCAGCUUCUCAACCAACAACUACCUCGACUGCGAGACAUCGGCGCUUACUUGGCUGUUACGAACAUUGCUGCUAUCUUUGAACUAGGAUCGCCUACAAACGUCCUCUACCAACAAUACGCCAUGGCCAUCAGUCGAGCAAUGCAAUACUCCCGACCCUCGAUGACACCCGGUGGCCUUGCCGACCUCGAAUCCCAAUUUCAGCCCGCUCUGACAAACGGAUCACCAACUCCAUCACUCGUUUCGACAACUUCAUUCUGGGAAAACACAUUCGCUUUGGCUUUGAAGAAUUACACUUCUGUAGAGGACAUUCUCCCAUACGUUCAUGUGAUGCUGGUCAGCCUUCACUCGUUGGACUCCCUCCGGACCGGGCUUUCCAUUGAUCAGACUGAAAACCAUGCGAUUGAUGCGCUCAACGUUGGGCGCCUCGCGUGGGAUGCGCUUGCGGAGUUCCUGAAUACCCUCGUUCGGUCCCAACCCAUCAGUGCCUGGAUCCUCGAAUGCGCUCGGCAGCGGGCUUUCCCUGUGCCAGAGCGCAAGGAGGACAUGAAGCCUUUGUCAGAGGACUUUUUGAUGCGCGGUCUCAUCUGGGCUCAAUUUUACUUUGUUUCUGAAUGGUUCGACGGACAGACUGAGGAUGACGGUCGAUCGAUCGAGUCCGAUAACACACACAAGGCCCGGGUGGAGAGAGUCCUCUGGUUGG